CGGGCUGUAAACAAGGCCAUGUGGGUUGUGUGCAGCAUUGGCAGUUGACACUUGUUUCUUUUAACUUUUUUCUGUUUUCUAGCUGUUUAAGCUAAAUCAUGACAUCAAAAUGGAAGAAGCAACAGGGCAUAUGAGAGCAGAGCAGGCAGUGGAUGCAAUGGAAUUUAUAUCAGUGGAGCAGAGAGAAGAUGUGACAGGGCGCAUAGUUGUGCAGCAGUGCCUACAUGCAGCCCUCAAACUGCAAGCAGCUGAAGGGGAGCCACCAGAAAUUGUUGAGGUUGGUCGUGGCAUGGUUGUGUUUGUUUGCUUCUUGGAGAAGGCAACUGAGGAAACAGUUAAUAAAUUGUCCAAGAAUAUAGCCAAUGUACGUCUGUGUGAAAAUGAAACUGGCCGCCGUGUCUCUAUAUGUGACAUUGAAGGGGACAUUCUUAUUGUGCCUCAAGCAACUCUAGGAGGCAAAGUAAAGGGAAAAGCAAUGCAGUACCACAUGAAUAUUGAAAAAGGUUUUGGAGAAGCUCUUUACCACAACUUUUGUAGGGAGGUUCGAAGCAGUGUGGAGAAGGUAUCAAGUGGGAAUGUUAAGUGUGGUGUGUAUGGUGCCAGACAAGUUUUGAGUAUGGAUACUAAUGGACCCUACACACAUAUUAUAGAAGUUUAAAGUUUCACUGAUAAAAAUUAAAGAGUAUUAAUGGUUGCUGCCCUGUAUAAACCAUACUCAGUAAUACAGAGCUGUGGUGAUGCCAUCCACAUGUUAACUGUUAUUACAAUACAUUCCUUGUAAUAUAAAAAAUAGAGAAAUAUAGUAUGUGAUAUGUUUAACAUUACAAAAGGGGGGGGGGGGCAGUGCCUAGCAAUAU